AUGACCCUCAUGGCCGUGGCAGCGGAUUCUGGCCAGCCCGACGCCCAGAUCGCCUCGGGAGCCAUGACGGAGCAGGACCCUACCAUCCACCGCAAGACGAGCAUAAAGCAUCGCCAGUUCGGUAUUUAUGCUUCGAGGCGCACCCAUCCGAAACCCGUCCCAGCUUCUGACGUUCCAGAGCGUCCCGAGUCCGACUCCCCGGCCGCCAACCCUACACAUGCACAUCCCAUACCCACCUCCCCUCCACGCUGGGACUCGCUGGCGAACAGCUCGACCAACUUUGCGAGACAUCAAAACCACAUCGACACCCGGGCCCAGCCGCAGUCGCCUCGACGACCCGUCUUCCACGCAGCUCUCCAGUACCCUUCUCCGGAUAGGCCUUUUGCCUCUCCUUCCCCUAGUCAUGGUUACGAAGAAGACGACGACUUGAGCGCCGACGAAUGGACUAGCAGAGCCCUCGCCCGAUCCCUCAGAUCUCCCGUUCCCUACGACGACGACGACCGCUCCUCGAUCGAUACCAUGCAGAUGGACAACUUCUCCCGCCCGAGAAGACCCAGCAUCAAGCAGCCGAUACAGGACCCAAACAGUCCUCGGCAAGCGAACAACUCGCCCUCAGACCCACGCUCCGAUCCCAAUUCGCAUCAUCAAGCAUGGCCGCGGCCGCGGGGUCAGUCUGGUUCCUCCGCCAGGUCUGCCUCGACCUUCUCGUCGAUGCCGGCUUCGGGCAACGAUAACUACGAGCACCGCGCCCCGUCCAGACUCCGGAGUGCCCCGCCUCCAUCGAGCCUCGCCCGACCCCCAUUGGCAUACGGACGGGUCGAAAGUUCAAGCUCAGGCUUGUCUACUUACGCGCGGGAGGCACCAUGGAUGAGUGGGGACGAGAUGAGAUCCAGUUACCGGUCUCAGAUGACCUCGUCGAGCGCGCAGGGCACGUACGUGACGGAAAGAAGCAGCGUUCUCACCAAGAACAGCUCAAUUCCAUCUCUGUACGCUAACGGUGAAGAGCUUAGUGUCGACGACGUAAUGGGCAUGUACGAGAAGGGUUUCCAAGACUCGAGCCCCGAAGACAACGAUAACGACGAUCACCUCGUGCCGGCGGCCGAAAUCAACAAGCGCAACACCAGGAUGCUCGAGGUCCUGAGCCAACCACUGAUGCCCGCGAACUCUCUAGCUGUCCCCGUUCCGGAACCCGUCGUACGUGAUUCCGCCGCCAUCUUCAGGGUGUCCGGAUACCCUGCGUCCCUGCCGAAAGAGGUUAGCCUUGACGAUUACGACCGGAAGGAGGACGAGAAGGACGACAAAGAGAAGAGGGACUCGGCCAAGUCGCUCGACACAGACUCAUCAUCUGCAUCUCCCAAAAUGAACAGCCCUACGACUUCUUCGGUGCAGACGGCCGUUGAGCCAGAGGAGAUCGAGGAACCCGGUGCCCGGGACCGCUACGGUUUCAAGAAGGCCAACCAGUACAUCACCAGGGAGCAAUACGACAACUGGAACAAAGGCUACUCACAGUACCUGGACAGGAGACGGAAGAAGUGGACGGGCUUUUUGAAAGAGAAUGGCCUCAUCACGGAUCGGCCACAGCGCUUUCCUCCCCACAGUGCCAAGGCAAAACGCUUCGUCCGCAAAGGCAUCCCUCCCGAAUGGAGAGGUGCCGCCUGGUUUUACUACGCGGGAGGCCCUGCCAUCCUCGCGAAGCACUCUGGCUUAUAUGAUGAGUUGCUGAAGAAAAAGGCCAAGGACGUCGACGUCGAGGCCAUUGAACGAGACCUGCACCGAACAUUCCCGGACAACAUCAAGUUCAAGCCGGCUAGCAUGGCCGGCAAACCCAACACCGAACCCGAAAGAAAAGACAAAGAAACGGAAGCUGGAGAGACAGUCAGUGAGGAGAAGAACGAGCCCCAAAUCAUCUCAUCCCUGAGGAGGGUACUGCACGCCUUUUCGAUCUACAACCCCCGGAUCGGAUACUGUCAAAGCCUGAACUUCCUCGCUGGCUUGCUGCUCCUGUUUAUGGACUCGGAAGAGCAGUGUUUUUGGCUGCUGAACGUUAUCACCAGGCUGUAUCUGCCUGGAACCCACGAGGUUAGCCUCGAGGGAUCCAAGGUGGAUCUUGGCGUUCUGAUGAAUGCCAUCAGAGAGUCUAUGCCCGCCGUCUGGGCAAAGAUCGGCGACGACCUGGAGGUGGACCCCAACGCACCACGACCUGCAGCAAAACCGGUCAAGAAGCCGAGAACAAGGAGAAAGAACCAGCCCAGCAUCUCCUCCAACCACCUCCCGCCCAUCACGCUUUGCAUGACGGCUUGGUUCAUGAGCUGCUUCAUCGGGACCCUUCCCAUCGAGAGCACCCUCCGUGUGUGGGACGUGUUCUUCUACGAAGGAUCCAAGACGCUGUUCCGCAUCGCUCUCGCCAUUUUCAAGCUCGGAGAAUCAGAGGUGCGGGCUGUCACCGACCCCAUGGAGAUGUUCUCAAUUGUCCAAGCUAUGCCCCGUCGACUCUUGGACGCGAACGGCCUCAUGGAGGCGACUUUCAAGCGUCGCAACGGAUUCGGCCACAUCAGCCAAGAUACCAUUGACAGCCAGCGACAAGAGAGACGCGACAAGGUCCAGUCUGAGCGCGAGAGAGCUGCCACAUAUGCCGUGGGCAGCGGAAACGUAACCGAAACUGAAGGAGAAGUCCGUAGGAAGGGCACGCUUUUCGGACGGAGGAAGCUGGGAAGGUCAGCAGAGGUGAGGUGA